AUGAACGAUAAAAUGACAGUUGUUAUAAAUGAACAACAAGAACAACAGCACCAAGGUGAGAAGGGUAAGAGUAAUGAAAAAGAACAACAACAAGAACAAAAUGGAAAAGAUCGAAUUCAAUCUCCAACUUCUCCUACAACUGUUUUAGUUAAUGUAGACGAUUCAAUUGAUUUGAAAACGAGUAUAAUUCAUCGAAUGAAACGAGAAGUAGACGACGAUAUUGAUCGAACUUGUUCUACAAAUCACAUCGAAUAUGAUUUAACGCAUGAUUCAAUAUUACCUCAUCGAAAACGAAUUCGUCGUGAUCAUAGUGUCAGUAAUACUAACCACAAUUCAACAUCUUCUCACCCUCAUCCACCCUCACAACAACAAGAAACAUUAUCAUGUAAAAAUGAUUCAUUUGCUAUCAAUAAUUUUACAAACAAUCAUAAUGUUGAAGAAACGGAUGAAAAUGAAAAUUCUUCUUCAUCCGAGAAUUGUGGUGGACAUCAUCAGAUGCCAAAUAAUCUGAGUGAAAAUGAAUCAUUUUCAACAAACAUUAGUCGUUCUUUGUCAACAACUGGAACUACGAUAAAUGGUCUACUAAACUUAUCAAAUUCAUCGUCUAAUUCUUUAUUAAUAACAGAUGAUCUUGAAAAUCAAACAUUACCGUUAAUAUGUUGUGUGUGUGGUGAUCGUGCAUCAGGUCGUCAUUAUGGUGUAUUAAGUUGUGAAGGAUGUAAGGGUUUUUUUAAACGAAGUAUACGUAAACAAGUAUUGUACACAUGUUUGGGAAAUAAAGAAUGUCCUAUUAACAAAUUUAUGAGAAAUCGUUGCCAGUAUUGUCGACUACAAAAAUGUUUACAUGCUGGAAUGAGAAUUGAAGCUGUUCAAAAUGAACGACGACCAUAUUCAAAUAAUAAUCAUCAUCAGAAUGGCAAUAAUAACAAUGGAAAAUCGUCUGAUAAUUCAUUGAUAAACUCAUCGAGAAAAAUCGAACCAAUACCAAUAUCAAAACUUUUAUCGUCGAAUUGUAUUUUACCGUUAACAUCACUAUUAUCCGGUUUCACAAAAACUAUUGAUACGUACGAUAAUACACAGCAACCAUUCGAUACAUCUCCAAAUUCCAGUUCAACAUCAAAUGGAAGUACAAGUGAAAGUCCAACAAAUUUAACCACAAAUGGUCAUCCACCUUUAUUAGCAUCGAUAAGCAACGAUGCAACAACUUCAAGACAUAAUACUAAUUCAUUAAAUGGAACAUUAGCAAGUGUUCGAAAAAGUCUAUCCUAUUCAACAAAUCAUUAUAGUAAUAAUAAUAAUAAUAAUAAUAAUAAUAAUAAUAAUAAUAAUUAUCAUUCAUCAGUCGUCAGUUCUUCUUCAUCAUCAUCUUCCGUCGUAUAUCCCUCACAACAAACGGUUAGUACAUUGCAUUCAAUUUUAAGUUCAAGACCAAGAUCACCUUCGUCAUCAACAAAUGUAUUUUCAACACCAACACAAUCAUUACGUAUCGAUUGUAACAUAAAAGCGGAAAUAGAGAAUAAUUUAUCAUCUAGUCCACUAUCAGCAACAACAACAAAUAUUGAUGCAGCAAUAACAAGAGCAUUUGAUAAUUUGGCUAAAGCAGCUAAUGUUAGUAGUAAUAAAAUGAAACGAUCAAUUGAAAAUGAUAUUAGAAGUCAUUUGAAUAUAGAACGACGCUAUUGGGAACAAGUGAAUCGUCCAUUAAUCAAUGAAAAUUCAUGUUUAUUCACAAUAACUCCUCCUACAAGUCCAACACCAGUUCAAUUAACAGAAAGUUUUAUAUGCGAAUCAGCGUCACGUAUUUUAUUUCAAUCAAUUUAUUGGAUUAAAGCAAAUAAUUGUUUUAAAUUACUUGAUUCGAAUGUUCAGAUAAUUUUAUUACAAAAACAUUGGCUUGAAUUAUUUAUUCUAAGUCUUUUACAAUGUUCGAAUAUUGUCGUUUUACCAAAUAUUUUAGCAACAUUAUUAAAUAGUGAGCAAAAAAUGUCAGAAAAGAAAUCGAGACAAAUAAGUGAACAAUUAAGUAUAAUUCAAUUACUACUCAAUGAAUUUGAACGUUUACAAUUAACACCAUCAGAAUAUGCUUAUUUAAAAUUAAUUAUUAUGUUUAACACGGAUUGUGUCAAUUUUUUAUAUUCAAAUAGUGAACAUUCACAACAACAACAUCAAGCCUAUAUUUCAUCAAUUAUUCAAAAAGAAAAAAUUCAAGCUUAUCAAAUAUUAACACAUAAAGAAUUUCGAGAAUAUUUAAAUAAAACGUGUGCAAAUGAUUCAGAACGAUUAGGACGAUUAUUAUUAAAAUUACCAACUUUAAAAUGUUUACAAAUAUCCAUAAUUGAAGAAGUCUUUUUUGUCGGUCUAAUAGGUAGUGAGUAUUUUUCAAAACAUUUUAGUUUUUCAAUUAAAGAUUACUUUCCUUCUCUUUCGUCAAGGAUCUUCAUAUCUUCUGUACUUUUAAGUGGAUGCUAUUCGAAUGAACAUUUCUAUCCUAUUGAUGACGUUUAAGAGACAGUCCGUGAGAAAACCGCGUUUUUCUGACAUACUUUCCACCUCCUCAAUUUCAAAAUUCGUUUUUGAUCACAGAUUCUGAAAGAACGUAUACGAUUUGGUCAGAAAACUAUUAAAAAUUCUUUUUGAAAACCCUUCGGUACAGAGCGCCGGACGUCUGAACUU